GCAUCUUCAAUGGUCCGGAGCUGAUGCUGGUGUCUGAGCUUGCCCCUAUCGGACAGCUUAACAAAUACUUGAAAAAGCACAAAACUGUUCCAGUGGAGAUGCUGAUGAACUAUGGCCUGCAAGUGGCCAGUGGUAUGGCCUAUCUGGAGAGGAGGAGUUUCGUGCACCGUGACCUUGCAGCAAGGAAUGUCCUCUUAGCCACAGACAGACAUGCAAGAAUUAGUGAUUUCGGAAUGUCAAGGAUGCUCUCAUUCAACAAGGACUACUAUAGGGCGAAUGACGGGGGUCACUGGCCUGUGAGAUGGUAUGCGCCCCAGUGCAUCUACUUCUUCACCUUCACCUCCAAGUCGGACGUGUGGAGCUACGGGGUCACUCUGUGGGAGAUAUUCAGCUACGGACUGAGGCCUUACGGGAACAUGCGCAGCAGCGAGAUCCUGGACAUGAUUGACAGGGGGGCUCGUCUGAAGUGUCCCCCCAACUGUCCUCCCGAAAUGUACUCACUCAUGCUUCGAUGCUGGGAGUACGAAGAAGCAGAUCGACCCACUUUCGAGGAAAUCUACCAGGUGGUUGAGAUCUACUUCCGAGCUCAGGCCUCCAAGAGUCGAGAUGUCUACACUGGUUCUGGUGCCACGACAUCAGGCCAGAACUAGUAUCUCAAAUAGAACUAAUUCUUAUAAGGUGCCAAAUGGGAAAGAGCAUACUACAUUCAGUGCAGCUGCAAUAUAUCUACAUCAAUUUUCAAUUUUCAACACUUUAAAUUAUAGCAAUAAAAUUUCAUUUGUAAUUUCAAUCCAUUUCAAUAACUUGAAUAAA